GAUCCUUUUUCUGCAUUUUCACCCUUUUUCCUUGGCGCUUUUUUCCUGUUUAUUUUUUCUUCUUACUUUUUUUUAUUGAAUAUAUUUUCAUGACUUUCUUACCAGACAAAAUUAUCUUUUGCCUUUCAUUUUUAACAGCUCUGUUAGUGGCUAAUGUAUCUGGACCUCAGUACGUAUAUCCUACCUUUGGUCCUGCUCUCACAAAAAGAUUCGAUUGGUCAGCCCUUGAAAACAGCCUGGUGAGUACCGCUACGUUUGUGGGCGUCUCUUUUUCAGGCCCACUCUGUGCGUGGAUGGUAGAACAAUGGGGAAUACAAAAAACGUUGCGUGUAUCAGGUUUUCUGGCCAUGUCCGGCCCUUUAUUACUUGCUCAAACAUAUGCUGGUCGACUUCCCAAUCAUUUCAUACUAUGUGCAAUGUACCUUAUGGUCACUGGAGUGGCAGCUGCGGCCGCUUAUUUAUGCGCGCUUGAUUCCCAGUCGUACAACUUUAAAGCAUACCGGGGCAUGAGUAUGGGGAUCACGAGCGCUUCACUAGGCUUAUGUGGAUUUGUUUACUCUCAGAUCGACGAUGUUGCUUUCAAGAAUGGUCCCAAUAAUGAAAGCAAUACCUACGGAUUCUUGAUGUUUUUUGCUUUUGCUAUGGCUGCAGGCAUGCUUCUUGGUUCGUUUGUGCUCGGACCUAUCGAAGAAGCAAGUGUGCCUGACAAGUAUGCCGUGCAGCGCACCGUAUCUGAGACGAGCCAUUUUCUAUCGAAUGACGCCGCAGGAGAACAUGUCGCCGACCAUCAUCAUCCCAACGACUCGGAGGUGGUGGCACCACUGCUGCCAAACAAGGAUUUGAAUUUUUCGGGAAUGCGCUUUUUUACCCAUCCCGUUGGCUUUGCUUUGUUUACGAGUCUGUUCAUUAUUCUCGGCUUAGGUUAUGUAUUUCUUGCCAAUAUUGGGUCGAUCCUGCUCGCUCUUUCGCUGCACCCACGUGCGAACCUACAGCAUGUGUUGAAUAUGCACGUUUCUCUUUUCAGCGUGGCUAAUUGUUGCUCGCGUGCCGCCUUUGGUACACUGAGCGAUGUGCUCCAAAGACGAUGGGGUAUUCACCGCCUUUGGUUGUUUUGGAUGGCUGCACUGGGGCUACUUCUGAACCAGGUUUACUUGGUGACUUUUGUCUCCACCACCCGAGAUCUCGUUCCUUGCACGGUGAUGUUUGCCGUCGUUUAUGGUAUUGCAUUCGGUGUCGCACCUGCGACGACAGCUGAAUUUGGCACCGAGUUAUUUGCUCGCAACUGGGGUUGGCUAUUGUAUGCUCCUGCAUUCGGCAGUCAACUGUUCAACGUACUGUAUGGUGCUCUUUAUGAUGGUGAAGCUCACCGUGAAGCUGCUCAUAUCUGCCGAGGAUCGGGUUGCUUCCGUGACACAUUUCUCAUUGGCAUUGGUUGCAGUGUAGCUUGUCUGGCGGUCAUCUCGUGGGCUAUUUCUCGUCAGAAUCAAUUGAAGCUACACCCCAGCUACCAAUAUUCUUCUGUCCAUUGAACAAAUUAUGUCCGCCACUUUCUAUUAUCCAUAGAUUUACAGAUUUACACUCUCGUAUCACCGAUAAAAGCUAAUGUAAUCUACACGAACAUAGAAGCAGAAAACUUGCUACUGGCCAUUGGCUCUUUGCCGCUUCUUCAAUUAAAUUGACAAACCUUCCGGAACAUUUCACAGUAAUGGACAUUGUGUAGAAU